GAACGCACGCACCGAGCGUCCGUUCAAACGUUCUUCGCGCGCAUCUCUUUAACUCUCGACGGAAGAAGAUAAUUCCCGGCCUUCUAACUUCAUGUCGCGUAUCAUGCAGGCAAAUUGCAAGAUAGCCGCGAUCGCAUCGACUCCUAUCAUUAGAUCCUUGGAAUAGCGUCUGCGAAACUUCGUACUCAGUAAUUUUACUCGGGAACUCGACGUACCGUUACAUAAUUAAUAAUUCGUGGAGGCUAAAGUGCGAUCUCUGAAAUCAGAACGUAGCAGAUAACAUCGAAAGCCAUCGAUCAACAGACAAAUCUCCUAAGCCCUAUCUUUAUUAUCGUCAACAUACUGCCGGCGCUAUUUUUGAUUCGUGGCGGGUAAAAUAGAAACAGUUGUUCCGCGAGUUUUCAUUGUUCUCCGGAAUGACCGAUGGCAGAAGAAAAAUGUCUUGAGUCAUCGUUUAAUAAAAGGGUAACGCGCUCAGCGUUCGACUCGCCGUCGAGUAUUCGAAGAGGAAGAGGAGGAAAAGUGAGUGGGAGAGGGCCCCGAUGGUCACAGUCGUCCCUGGCUCCGACUCUGCCAGUUCAGUUCAUUUGGUUGGCAAAGGCGAACCGUGGUGCAUAGUCCGACAGCUGAUCCAGGACUGUGCGUUGCAUCGGCCGAUAGUUUAGCUCGGCUGUCAGUGUCAGUCGCAAGUGACACCGCGGAUCGGUCGACUACGAUACGUUCGCUCUCCUAUACGUUUACACGGAACGAGAGCCGUGCGUUUCUGUGCCGAGAGCGAUAUCCUGCGGAGCAGCCUCAUCGGAAACGAAUGUGGCCUCGAGAUUCGAAAAGCCUUUCAUCGAUCGUCGGGAAAACGAAGGCGAGGAUCAAAAGCGCAUCGUAACGGGUCUACCGAUCUGCCAGCGCGAUUAUUGUAAGCGCGAUUUCUCCGUGAAACGCACACACACACACACACACACACACACGAUUACUGUGCGUGCGGGUGAGAGACACGAAGGAACGUCCGAGAGACAUAGGAUGCACAACGUCAUCGUUAGGGCAUGAUUUCGGACGCUGUUAGGACACCCACAACUAUCUUCGACCAAUGCAGAUAAUGGCAGAUUUAAAAACUCUUGCUCUGACUGGUGGAGGAUCUAGAUACAGCGGCGAUGAGCAAGUGCAGUUCAUUCCGGGCGGAAGUCAUCAGGUGACAAUUAAAUCUCCCCCGCCCUCGCUGCAUCUUGAGAACCUGAACAAUGCGGUCCUCAGUGACUCGCAGAACAAUCUUCACUGCAAUUGCAAUGGCGCGACUAAUGGUGCUGUGGUUGCAAUGGGCACCAGCAGCAUGUUCGUGAGGAAAGUACCGAACCACAGCCCGGGACAAGACGGCAAGAGGCCUGCAGUGACUCUGACGCAUUUACCGAAGAGGCCACCGGUUGACAUCGAGUUCAAGAACCUCGCGUACAGCGUGUCCGAGGGAAGAAAACGAGGGUACAAGACGAUACUGAAAUGCGUAAACGGGAAGUUUCGUUCCGGCGAGCUGACGGCGAUCAUGGGCCCGUCAGGCGCCGGGAAGAGUACGCUGAUGAACGUUUUGGCUGGUUACAAAACGUCCCACUUAAACGGGUCCGUUCUGAUAAACGGGAAGGACAGGAACCUCAGGAGAUUUCGGAAAAUGUCCUGUUACAUAAUGCAAGACGACCGUGUACUGCCUCACCUCACGGUCUACGAGGCGAUGACUGUUUCAGCGAAUUUGAAACUAGGCAAAGAUAUCAGCGUUGCCGAGAAGAAAGUAGUGAUCGAAGAAAUCAUCGAGACGCUCGGCCUAAGCGACGCGAGCAAUACACAGAGCUGCGCCCUGAGCGGCGGUCAAAGAAAGAGGCUAUCGAUCGCGCUGGAGCUUGUUAACAAUCCUCCGGUGAUGUUCUUCGACGAGCCGACCUCUGGUUUGGACAGCUCGACUUGUUAUCAGUGUCUAAGUUUGCUCAAAUCGUUAAGUAGAGGAGGAAGGACUAUUAUAUGCACGAUACAUCAGCCAAGCGCACGAUUGUUCGAGAUGUUCGAUCACUUGUACCUUUUGGCCGAAGGCCAGUGUAUAUAUCAAGGAAACGUUGGCGGUCUGGUACCCUUCCUGUCGUCCAUGGGCUUGGAAUGCCCCGGCUAUCACAAUCCGGCCGAUUACGUUAUGGAGGUGGCGUGCGGAGAACACGGGGAAUGCGUGCACAAGUUGGUGAUGGCGGUGAACAAUGGUAGAUGCGCGAAUUAUCAACAUCAUCAAGGUACGACCGCUAUAAACGCGGUGCAAACCGUGCCGAACGACAUCGUGAAAGAAUCGCCGCAGCAGGAAACGAAAUCCGAGACCGCAUUGAUACCGAACGGUGUAGCGAAGCAGCCGAACGGAGGUACUGUGAUUAACAUGCCGAUAUCUUGCACGACCUCGUUGUUGGAUAGCGCGGAAAGUAUAGAGCAACAAGUUGGCUUUCCGACGAACAGUUUUACCCAAUUUUGGAUACUCCUUAAAAGGACAUUCUUGUCACAAGUAAGAGACAUGACAUUAACGAGAGUAAGGCUGAUAUCCCACAUAAUCGUCGGGUUACUCAUCGGUGCAAUUUAUUACGACAUCGGCAACGAAGCCUCGCAAGUAAUGAGCAACGCCGGCUGCGUUUUCUUCACGGUGAUGUUUCUUAUGUUCACUGCUAUGAUGCCUACCAUUCUUACGUUUCCGACUGAAAUGGCUGUAUUCGUAAGAGAACACUUAAAUUAUUGGUAUUCCGUGAAAUCAUACUAUCUUGCGAGGACUCUGGCUGACGUACCCUUCCAAAUAGUGUAUUCUAUAGCGUACGUCGUCAUUGUAUAUUUCAUGACGUCGCAACCAUUGGAAACUAAUAGAUUCUUGAUGUAUUUAACUAUAUGUAUAUUAACAGCGUUAGUAUCUCAAUCCAUCGGUUUAGUGAUAGGAUCAGCGAUGAGUGUGGAGACCGGAGUGUUUAUCGGCCCUGUGUCGUCGGUGCCAAUCAUUCUGUUCUCCGGUUUCUUCGUCAAUUUCGAUGCCAUUCCAAAGUAUCUGAAGUUUCUCUCGUACGUGAGUUACGUUCGAUUCAGCUUCGAAGGCACCAUGAUUUCUGUGUACGGUUACGAUCGUGCGAAGCUCAAGUGUUCCGAAGCGUACUGCCACUUCAAGAGCCCGUUGAAGUUCCUCGAGGAGAUGUCGAUGCAGGACGCGGUGUUCUGGGUGGACGCCGUGGCGUUGACAGGUUUCCUGCUUAUCUUGAGGGUGAUCGCCUACUUUGUACUGAGACUGAAGUUACGAUCUCUUCGUUAAAAACCAAACCAGUGACCGAAUAAAAAUUUCGCCUCAUCGUGUUACGAGCAUUCGUAUCAUCCCACGAUCGCACCGAAGAAUAAUUCGCAAUUUAAAUUUAUUCGCCGAAAAGAGAAAAAGAUUGGAAAGCGAGUCGGAUUCACGGGGCAGGAUGUAUGCACAUAAACGGGCGUGUAAAAAUGUGGUGCGAUGAGAUGUUUUAAUCUUCGUUCGUCUAUUAAAGAUUUUCCACACUGUCUGCGAGCCGAUGGAGUCUCGGCCGCUUUCUUACGUGCACUCACGGUUGCGAUUGAACGACGAGGCCGCGAGAAUCGCCUUCGGAACGUUCUAGUUUCGGGUGUACAGUGCUUCGUUCGCUUCGUCAUUUCAUUUGGAGGAAAUAUUGAAGAUGAUAACGACGAAUUUGCAGUUAAAUAUAAUUUCCACUAUGUAAAUAUAUUGACAUCGUUUACGAUCGAACGAAACAUUCGAUAUUUAUAUAUUUAACGAAUAGCGAUGGAGGAACGCGUUUCCGGAUCUUGUUUCGUGCGCCGUCAAAAGUGAUUAACGAUAGAAAACGCAUAGGACGUUUAGGCAUUUCUGGUAAACUUAGAAUUAACGCAGAAAUUACGUUGGAAUUGUGAAUCAUCGAUAAUAGACCGAAAGAAAAAGACCACCGGCAUUCAAUUGAGACGCAAAACAAAAUAAAAAAAAGACAUUCGUAGCCAAUUAUUAAAACACUCGCCAGGAGCCUUAGGCCCGUUCAAUUCUCAUGGUCCCUCCAACGAGCGUGAGCGCACCACGCGAGACAUAGACUUUUCUCGAUAGAUAAGCAAUAGAAAUUACGAAUCAAAGAUUAGAACGGAUCCUUUAUCGCUCACGUGUUCGCGCAUUCAUCGUUGCAUUCAUUUCGUCUACUACGAAACGUAUCUCGAAGAUAUACCAGCGAAAUCAAAGACGACCAACGAAUCGUUUAGCUACUGUAUCGGACAAAA